AUGUAUCAUUCAGUUACUUUUGAAGAAGAGCCAUCCGCAUGCUCAUCUUCGGAGCCAACAAAAUCGGACAUAUCCGCAUCAAGCAAUGGCGUCAGUUUAGUCGCCAAAAACUUCCCAGGUGAUUAUGGCACGGUCGGUUCCGGCCGGUUAGGUUGGUUUUCCGACUAUUUCCUUGCCGCCGGAUUCCGACCGGAAGUUCAAACGAACCUGUCGGAACUUGCUGGAAUCGGCGAAAACUGUGUCGAAAUCGAGAAGAGCUGUACCGGAACCGACUCAGAUUUCAACGGAUCCAGUCGCCGGAAUGAUCGACCUGGAUUAGUACCACCACCACCGUACAGCUCGGGUGAUACAGACGAGGACGUCGAUUACGCCCCCGAUGAUGAACAUCCGGUACCGAUUCUGAGGGAAUCUGCCGAGUCGAAAAAAGAAGCAACGCCUACGUUGCCUCCUUUAGACGCUCACCUUUUUUUAGGCUUCUUUGUUCUUUUUUUAUGUUCAACAGUCCACGAAAAUAAAGGAUGCUGCGGUUCUUCUAAUUAA